AUGCUCCCUUUGUCUUUGCUUCGUACUGCCCAGAAUCAUCCAAUGCUGAUUGAGCUAAAGAAUGGAGAGACGUACAAUGGACACUUACAAUCCUGCGAUUCCUGGAUGAAUAUUCACUUGAGGGACGUCAUAUUUACUUCAAAAGAUGGUGACAAGUUUUUCAAAAUGCCCGAGGUUUAUAUUCGUGGAUCAACUGUUAAAUACCUUCGAAUACCCGAGACGGUUGUUGAUUUGGUUAAAAAUGAAGUGAAUGAGGUUCGUCGGCAGCAGAAAGACCAGCAACGUGCUCGGAAACAAGGCGGAGUUGGAGCCCGAGGAGGUGCUUCUCGAGGAAGAGGUGGCUAUCGAGGAAGGGGAAAAUAG